AUUCCUAAAUCUUCUGUCAAACCCUAAAUUGCCGACGGAGAAAAAAUCCGGAAAAUGUCUGCAUUGCUGCCGGAAUUAGUCACCGAUAUUCUCCUGUGCCUCCCGGUGAGUUCGCUCCUACGAUUCAGAUGUGUUUCGAGAUCACUCUGCACCGAAAUCGAUACUGAAAAUUUCGUCAAGAAUCAUCUCAACAGAUCAAUCCAGACGGAAACCCGCCAAAAGUUAGUCAUCUACAACGAGUUAUCAAUCAACGGAAUCUACGUUGCCGAUUUUGAUGAUGACCUUGCUGAUGCCUUCCCAUGCCUUCCCACUCAGCAGACCAUUGAUAUCUCGUCAUCAUAAGACACCCGUAUACGGUUAUUGCAAUGGUUUGAUUCUGUUUGGUCCGGAUCUUGCCAUAUGGAAUCCAUUUACCAGGCGGUAUAAGAAACUACCGCGUCCAGACGAAUCCAAUGCAAGAUUCGUGUGUUCUGGUUUAGGGUAUGAUUCUGCUCAUGAUGACUAUAUGAUUGUGCUGAUUUCAGAGGUUCAUCGUUGGUGUCAUCAAGUCUGGAUUUUUGGGUUGAAAUCAGAUUUUUGGAGGAGGAGCCGAGAUUUGAAUGAUGAUUUGAUUUAUGAUGCUAGCCCAUGGGCGCUGGGGCAUUUUGCAAGUGGUGCUUUGUACUGGGCAUGGAAAAUAAAAAAUAAGUGUGUUGGUUUUGAUCUAGCCAAGGAGGUGUUCUUUGACAUCCCGCUACCGUCUGAUUGCAUCCCAAAAUCAAUCUUUUCGGAUUCGUUGGUGGUUUUCGGAGGUAACGUUUAUUGUCGUACAUUACAUGAUGGAACUGUAGAAUAUAACUUGCUUGUGAGUGAAGAUAAGGGUGGAGAUGUUGUAGGAGUUAGUUGGCGGAAAGAGUUCACUAUGGAGAAUGUGACAACAAUUAUGAGUGAUGUUUUUCCGCUUAGGCCUUUGGCUUAUUCAAAAGAUAGGAAUAGCAUUCUGCUUGGGGAAGUACGUGGGGUUUUUUGGCAUAACCUUGAAAACAGAACGAAACAAAGCGUGGAUAUUGCUGGGCACCCUGUGAAGCGCGGGUACAGAUACAAUGUUUGUUGGGAAAAUCUUGUUUCUGUUGGCAAGGAUAGUGCAUUUGAUGGAGCAGCUGAGGAAGUGACAAAUUGAAGCAGACUUCUUUUAGAGGUUCAAGUUUGUGAAGACUAAUAGCUGUUGUGAUGUAGUGAAUGGAUAUGUUUUUGGAUGGUGAGGAAGAUUGUAUUUCAAUGAAAUUCCAUGUCAAUCUAAUAUCUGUUUUAGCUCUUCUUAUAAACCCCAGUCUAGUACCUUUUGUGGAAUUUUGCUUUGUUUAAAAUGGGACAUGGGAAAUUCCUUAUAUUUAUUUGGGAACUCUGCUUUAGACAUGUAUCAUGUGUUGCAAUGUAUGUUAUAUAGGCUUGUUGCUUAAUUCUUAGAAACAGGUUGAAAACUUCUUUUCUGCAUAGCAGUGGUAUGAUGGUGUAUGGUGCAUGUGUGUUAUGUGUGGAGGGUGGAGGAACAUGUGAACACCUAUUUUUUUCAGUGUGUGGUUUUGUGUUCAGUGUGUUUGGACAUAUAUCUAUACUUAUGAUUUAGGUGUCCAAUUAGUUCCUCAAUGCUGGAGUGGGGCAGCAAUGGAAGGAGUCAUCUUACUUUGAAGGUGUGAGUUGUUUUC